AACCAACCCAUUUUGUUGUUUUAGUUGGGGAACAAUGCUCGUUGCUCGAUGGCAUUCUACGACAACUGGCCGCAGUGGGACCCAAAGGUGGUGCUCGCUCUGCUAAUGAUUAUUGUGGUGGUGGGAAAUGUCUGGGAGCUAAUACUCACCAAGAGACAGCAAUUGGUUUGCCUGAAUGCCGUGAUCGUGCCCGAGGAGCUGCGCGGCAUCAUUCCACCGGAUCUGUUUCAUCGUGCGCGCAUCUACGAGCUCCACAAAAUGGAGCUACUCAGCUGGAAGAUUGCCGUGGAUCUGGUGCUAAGUCUGGCCGAGCUCUUCUUUGGCUUCUAUCCGUUCGUCUGGGGUCUGGCGGCCAAGACGCUGGCACGUGCCACGCACAAGGAGAUCUGGAUAAGUCCGCUAUUCGUGUUCUAUAUGACCAUCUACACCUGUGUGCGCUUCCUGCCCGUGUUGGCCUACGACAAGUGCAUUCUGGAGCUGCGUUAUGGGGUGCAGCGGCAGUUCUCCUGCCUCCUCUACUGCUGCAUUGCCGUCGUGGCCAUCUUUCUGACGCAGAUCUUCCUCGCACCCGUUACCCUUUUGAUUGUGUAUACUGUGACGGUGGCUGGCUACUGGUUCUUCCUGUACUACUGGGGCGCUUGGGCUGUGUUCACGCUGCUGCUGGUCUUUCUGUUUCCCUACUGCUGCAUCCUGUGCAUUGGCCGGCAGCAGCGGCUGCCCGAGGGCACGCCUCUGUAUGCGGACAUAAAGCGCGUCUGCGACUUGGCGGGCUUCCCCGUGGAGCGGGUCUUCAUCAUACGCACCAAGUCGAUGCAGUACAGCAAUGCGUACUUCUAUGGCAGCUGCUGCAUCAAGCGGAUUGUUCUCUUCGACACGCUGCUGCUGAACAAGGGCCUCGAUCCGAAGGAGUUGCAGCCCUACGAGGUGGGCCGGGGACUCACCAAUCAGCAGGUGGCGGGCGUCGUGUGCCACGAGCUGGGACACUGGAAGUACGGACACUUCUACAAGACCACGGUGCUCAUGAAGCUGCACUUUCUGCUCACCAUGCUGCUGUUCGGCGUCUUCUUCCACUGCCCUCAGCUGUACAUGGGCGUGGGAUUUGCACCGGGCACUAUGCCCAUCAUUGUGGGCUUCAUCAUUGUGCUGCGCUUCGCCCUGACGCCCUACCUGACGCUUGCCAACUUCCUCAUACUCUGGAUUAUGCGGCACAACGAGUUCUCCGCGGAUCGCUAUGCCCAUCGCCUUGGCUACUCCACGCAGCUCAGCUCGGCCCUUGUCAAGAUCUACGCGGAUCACAUGAGCUUCCCGGUCUUUGACGAUUGCUACUCCCGAUGGCAUCACACACAUCCCACGAUCCUCCAGCGACUCGCCUAUCAGCGUCGCCUGGACAUCCAAGCCACUGCCAAAAUGCUGGACUCUGUCAAGGCAAAGCCCAUUGGCAAGACUCAGGCAACCGAAUCGGGUUGAAGUAGUCCCUGAAGUUUGUUUCGUAUAUUCCGAA